AUGCGCUCCGCAGGCUUGCUUCUCGCCGCGGUGGCUUCUGUUGUCGUGGAGGUCGGGCUCUCGGGCAUGUGGGCUUUAGGACAGUCAGCGGGCACACACCACGCAGCCCUGCUGGGCUUCGGCGGGCCCGUCUCCACCGCCGCCGCCUCCGAGGAAGGCCCGGACAUGAGCAGUCUCGGGGCUCGCUCCCCACCGCAGCCUCUGAGGACGGCCCGCGGGGUGCGGACCGCUCCCGACAGAGCUGCAGCCCCGCUGGGCGGCAGAGCGGGCCGCGCGGCCGUGGAGACACCCUGCGUGCUCCGCGCGUCUCGGCUGCAGGCGGCGCUGAGACUCGGGACCCACGAGCACAGACGGGAAGGGGCUGGGCCUGCCGGUUCCCUCAGCAACGGGGCCUGGCCCGGCUACCCGCGCAGGCCCGGCCGGGAAGGGAGAGAGCGGCGGCCUCUCCGGGCCUGUCCUCCUUCGCGGCGGUGGGCGCCCCGGGCGCCUGCUUCCAGUGGGCGGCGCGGCGCCUCGGGCCCUCCCCGGACGGAGGAGGCCGCAGCCGGACUGGUGGUUUUCGCGCUGAAAUGCGGGUGCAGCCGGCCGGCAGGGGGAGGAGGCGUCAGGAGCCUGGGGGAGCCUAGACCAGCCAGCAACUUCUUAUACCUGCCAGCACCUCGAUCCCCAGCCCACAAAGCCCUUCACUUCCAACUCCUGCAGAGUCCUCUUUUCAAAGGAAGAUGCCCACAAGCAGGAAAGCACCAGGGUGACCGUCUCCCUGCAGGGCAACGAGCGUCGGCAUCCGGGGCUGGAGAGGAAAGGGAGCGCGGCGACAAAGGAGAGAGGCCGGCAUCUCGGUGUUCUUCCCAGGCGCCCCGGGGAGUAUCUUUGAUUCGAUCUUGGCUUCAUGACCUUGAUCAAGACCCACUCGCCAGAUGCUCUCAGGCUCAGAUCCCUUCAAGAGCUGGCAGCAAAGUGAGGCCGAAACGGAGGGCACGUGUUGGAAAGAGGUGGUCUGGCUGGCCUGCUUCCGGGGAGGGCUCACCUGGCCUUCCCCAACAAGCAUACUUCAUCUUCCCGGUGGGAAUGCCGCUGCGGGCCCUGAAACCAGGCUACUUCCCGGGACCACAACAAGCCCGUCGAUGACCAUUCACGGAUGUGUGCAGACUGGUGGUGCGCUGAUCUCCCCGACGUACGUGUUCUCAGCUGAGGAGAAAUGAGACAGUGCCCUGCCUUCUUGCUUCAGCUCUCCUGCAGACGUGACCUCUGAAGGCAGGGGAAGACAGUGCAGGGUGAGCUCUGCCUCUGGGGCCCGCCGGGCGGGUCUGGAUCCCGACACUGGCCCGUUAGCUGGGGGGCCUCAGCCAAGUCACUUAAUACUUCUGAACCUCAUUUUUUUAAUACAGCAAAACAAAUCUACCAGGAUAAAUUGUUUUUAGGAGUUAAGGUUAUAGUCUAUUUGAGAUAUGUAUAUGUGUAAAACACACACACUCCCCCUAGGAGCAGUCGCUCUGUAUUCGCUAAUUUAGUAUUCAUAGCAACACUGUAGAAUAUUACUACUGUGAAUAACAAUAUAAUUUAUAUAUGACUUGUUAAACCAAUCUGCAUUCCUGGGAUAAACCUCACUUGCUCAUGGUGUGUGGCCCUUUUUAUACGUUGCUAGACUUAGUUUGCUAGUCUUUUGAUGAUUUUGUGUCUAUAGUCAUAAUAGCUAUUGCUCCACAGUUUUCCUGUGAUGUUUCUGGUUUUGUAUUACAGUAUGCUUUUGAACUGUUAUGUUGGAGAAGACUCUUGAGAGUCCCUUGGACAGCAAGGAGAUCAAACCAGUGAAUCCUAAAGGAAAUAAACUUCUAACAUUCUUUGGAAGGACUCAUGUUGAAGCUGAAGCUCCAAUAUGCUGGCCACCUGAUGCAAACAGCCAACUCAUUGGAAAGGAUCCUGAUGAUGGGAAAGAUUGAAGGCAGGAGGAGAAGGGGAUGACAGAGGACAAGAUUGUUGGAUGGCAUCACCGACUCAAUGGACAUGAGUUUGAACAAACUCCGGGAGAUGGUGAAGGACAGGGAAGCCCGGUGUGCUGCUGUCCAUGGGGUCGCAAAGAGUCUUCCCUCCUCUUCUACUUUUGGAAGUUUACAAAGGAUUGGUGCUCCUUCUUUAAAUGUCUGUAGAAUAUAGCAGUGAAGACAUCUAGGCCUGCAAUUUUCUUUGGGGAUGUCUUAAAAUUACUAAUUCAACCUUUUAUGUUUACUGCCAGCUGCUUUUUAAACUUCCUUUUU